UUCUCUCUAGUGGGAAGAGAAGAGUUCUUCAAUAGUUUUAGCCAUGGCAAAGAAACCAAGCAUGGGUCGCCAAAAGAUCAAAAUUGCGAAAAUAGAGAUCAAAAAUCACUUGCAAGUCACCUUCUCAAAACGCCGAUCUGGGCUUUUCAAGAAGGCAAGCGAAUUUUGCACGCUUUGUGGCAUAGAGAUUGCUAUCAUAGUUUUCUCUCCGGCUGGCAAAGUGUUUUCUUUUGGCCACCCUAACGUGGAUUCUAUCGUUGAUCAAUUCCUAACUCGAAACCCUCCACCUAACACCACCACACGCCACCUUAUUGAGGCUCAUCGUAAUGCUAGCGUGCGCGAGCUCAACUUACAACUUACUCAAGUUCUCAAUGAAUUGGAAGUCGAGAAAAGACACGGUGAAACCUUAGAUCACACGAGAAAAGUUAGUCAAAGACAAUACUGGUGGGAAGCUCCAAUAGACAAGCUUGGCUUGCAUGAGCUUGAACAACUUAGGAAUUCAAUGAUUGAGCUCAAGAAGAACGUAACCAAUCAGGCAAACAAAAUUCAAGUUGAGAGCACCACAAAUCCUUUGCCAUUUUUCUUAGUAAAUGGCAGUGGAAUCGUUGAUCCCUUUGAGAGUAAAACAUCUCAUAUCAAUGCUUCUUCUUCAGUCACUCCUAAUGUCCAUAACUUUGGCUAUUAUGGUCAUGGAUUUUUUUAA